UGGCAUCAACCUUUUGUCUUCUUCCCGGUUUUAUAAAUCAAAGUCUUAAAAAAUGUCACUAAUUUAAUCCGAUCAUUGAACUCUUCCUUCGAUUCCUUCAUUUUCCACCAACAAUUUAACCUUAAACAAUCUAUUUCCUUAUUCAAAUUGACAAAUUAGACACUUGUUUAAUACUUUAAUUGAAAAUUAUAGAUGGUAUUUGACGUAUUUUUCAUAGAGAAAGCAAGUUGCAGUGAUGAAUUAAUGGAUUAUAAGUCAACUCUUCUGUCAUUGGCUUUAUUCAAGAAAGGUUCUCGUGAUGCCAACCCUAUACAUGUAGACUUUCAUGUAUAUGUUCACACCCCCACCAACUGUUUGAUAUAAUUCCUCAAUGAGUUGUUUUCACAGUCUCAUUACUGAUUCAUACAGAAACAUAACAACACAUAUAUUCUCUCAUUGUCUUUCCUUUAUACAACCUGUAAUUUGAAUCACAAGUAAAAAGAUUCAAAUGGGUUCUUGUUUCAGUGUUGGGUUGAAAAUAGAAAGUUCUUGCCAUGAAGUUAAGGUUACAUCUGCAACAGUACCACCUAGCCCGCGAAGCCAAGAUGAGAUUUUGCGAUCGGCGAAUUUGAAAUCGUUUAGUUUCCAAGUACUUAAAACAGCCACCAGGAACUUCCGGCCCGAUAGUGUGUUGGGUGAAGGCGGUUUCGGUUUAGUUUUUAAAGGUUGGAUAGACGAGCAGUCACUUAUAGCAGCCAAACCCGGCACAGGAACUGUUAUUGCUGUAAAAAGAUUGAAUCAAGACGGUCUUCAAGGUCACCAAGAAUGGUUGACGGAAAUUAAUUAUUUGGGGCAGCUAUAUCAUCCGAAUCUGGUACAGUUAAUCGGUUACUGCCUAGAGGAUGACCAAAGGCUCCUUGUGUACGAGUUCAUGUCACGUGGCAGCUUGGAAAACCAUCUUUUUAGGAGGAGUUCUUACUUUCAACCUCUUUCGUGGAACCUGCGUUUAAAGGCUGCUCUUGGCGCUGCUAAGGGGCUUGCGUAUCUUCAUAGCCCAGAAGCGAACGUGAUAUAUCGUGAUUUCAAGUGUUCAAAUAUCUUGAUUGAUUCUGACUACAAUGCAAAAUUAUCUGACUUUGGGUUGGCUAAGGACGGGCCGUUGGAUGGGAAAAGUCAUGUAUCCACAAGGGUCAUGGGUACUUAUGGAUAUGCAGCCCCUGAGUAUAUGGCAACAGGUCACUUAACUGAACGAAGCGACAUCUACAGUUUUGGGGUGGUUCUUCUUGAAAUCAUGACAGGAAGACGAUGCAUUGACAAAAACCGUCCAUCGAACGAACAAGUGUUGGUAGACUAUGCUAGGCCUUAUUUGACAAGCAAAAGAAGGGUUCUUCACAUAAUGGACCAGCGGAUCGUCGGUCAGUACUCUUCGGAAGUAGCAACGAGAGCUGCAGUUCUUGCAAUGAAGUGUCUCUCGAGAGAACCAAAGUGCAGACCGACUGCUGAUGAGUUGGUCAAUGUGUUGGAACAACUUCAAGAAUUGCAAAAAGGGUGGGAUAGUUGUAGAAAAGAAACGGGUCGGAAACAUAAUGGCAACAAAAAUGUUGGUAACGCUAGGCAGGUGGCUUCUAGAGGUGGUAGUGUUUGAAAGAGUGAGAGACCAUAGAGUACUUGUACAGUCAUGAUUUGUAAUUUCAGAAGGUGUAACAAAAAAAAUGUGAAAAUUGCAUAAAAAGUUAAGCGGUUUCCUGCCAA